UGCUACCUUCUCACAUUCGAGGGUCGAAACGGAACCUGGAACACAUCACCGCACCCCCCGGCGCUACCCUAAACCUAGCUUCGCCAACCUUGAUUCCCGACGUGGAUGCUCGAGCUUCCAACGGCCAUUAUUUGUCCUCUCAAAGACUCAGACAAAAUCAAAGAUCCUCUACCCGCAUUUGUCCCCUUUCUACACCUGCGUUAAGCUUGAACCGUUAUAUGAUGGACCGCAAUGAAUGCUAGGAAGUUUGAUCAACUUGAAAGUCACCAAAAGGGAAAGGCGAAGAAGGUGAAAAUUGUAAAGAAUUUGGCGCCGUGAUGGGAGAUCAAACCGACCUGAACUCUAUUGAACAAGAUGCUUUUUAUGUCAUUAAUGAUACUGCUAUAGAAGGCAAUGAUGUGGAAAUCGCAACAGAAAUUAGUGUAGCACCCAAGAAAAGCUCAACAAAACGUAAUAGAAGGCUUACAUCUGCUGUUUGGGGGUACUUUGAGUUGCUCCCUCCGGGUAAGGAUGGGAGGCAAAGGUGCAAGUGCAGGAAUUGUGGAACAUCCUACUUGUACGAUAGCAAGUUUGGAACAGGUAAUAUGAAGCGUCAUUUGAAAACCUGUUGGAAAAGAGAAGCUCGGGAUGUUGGCCAACUGCUUCUAAGACAAUAUGAUACCACGCCUUGCUCUACUCCUAAAUUUGAUCAUGAGAAGUUCAAGGAAAUAUUAAUGGAAGCUAUUAUGUUGCAUGAUCUGCCUUUGCAAAUUGUUGAAUGGGUAGGCUUCAGAGAUCUUUUGCUUUAUUUAUGUCCUGAUUUGCAGCUUGGGACUAGAAACACCAUGGGGGAUGAUUGCAUUACGAUGUAUCGAAGGGAGAAGGCUAAAGUGCGAGCCAUAUUACGAGCAACAUCGAAUAGGAUCAGUUUGACAUACGAUUUGUGGUCUUCUUUGAACACUGAUGAUUAUAUAUGUUUAACAGCUUAUUUUAUUGAUAAUAACUGGAAUUUGCAGAAGAAAGUUUUGAAUUUCUGCUUAGUGCCACCUCAUGAUGAGACAUCUUUGGCUCAAAAGCUCCAGGAUUUCUUGGUUGAUUGGGGGAUAGAUAGUAAAGUAUCGACGAUUACAGUUACGAGUGCUUUGACAAAUUCCUUUUCUGUUGAGCUGUUAAAGAGCCAAUUAAACUCAAGCAAGGGGUCAUUAUGGGAUUCUGAUUAUAUUUGUCUUCAAUGUUGUGCCCAUACUAUAGACUUGAUUGCUCAAGAGGGACUAAAAGAGAUUGCUGUGUCUCUCCACAAAAUCCGUGAAAGCAUCAAGUAUAUAAAAGGUUCUGAAACUAUAGAGCAGAAAUUUUUUGAGUGUGUUACUCGUAGCUCUCUUGAUGAUAAAAUUGGUUUAAGGCAAGAUGUUCCCACUUGGUGGAGUUCCACUUUCAUUAUGCUUGAUAAUGCUCUUUCUUAUCGCGAGGCUUUCAUGCUUUUAGAUAUCAGUGAUAUAAAUUACAAGGACUGCCCUUCAAAGAGUGAAUGGGAUAAUUUAGAAAAGAUAGGAAAGCUCUUGGCUGUUUUCUAUGAUAUUCAUUGCGUGUUUUCUAACACCAAACAUCCUACUGCAAACUUGUAUUUUCCUGCAAUCUUUUCAGCUUAUUUAACACUUAAAGAAGAAAUGGGAAGUGAAGAUGAGUGUUUGAGAGCAUUGGCAGCUUACAUGCUUUCUUUGCUUGAGAAAUAUUGGUCUAGUUUCAAUAUGAUACUAGCUAUUGCUGUUAUUCUGGACCCCAGAUAUAAGUUCAGUUUUGUUGAAUGGUGCUACAAGAAGCUUUAUGGUGAUGGUGGAGCUCUCAAUUCUAUGAAUGUGAAAGAGAAAUUAUACUCUCUUUUCAGCAUGUACGCUAGUCCUCCCAAACUGCAUCCGGGCACCAAAACAGGAAUUGUAGCCAACAAUAGAAGCAAUAAGGGUAGCUUUAGUGCUCCGGAAAGGCCCUUUUCAAGAGCAACUGAUGAUUUUUUCAAGGAAUUUGAUUCUUUGGCAAGUGAAGAUAUUGUCCUACAGAAGUCACAACUUGAACUGUACUUAGAUGAUCCAAGAAUUGAUAGAAAGACUGGAUUGGAUAUAUUGUCAUAUUGGAAAUCAAAUCAAUUUAAAUAUCCUGAAGUUGCUGCUAUGGCUCGUGAUAUUUUGGGUAUUCCUUUCUCUACUGUUACAGUGGAGAGCGCUUUUGAUGAGAGUGACAGAGUGCUUGAUCGGUACCAAAGUGCACUCAAUUCUGACAUAUUGGAAGCAUUUAUCUGCACUAGAGAUUGGCUAUGUGGAGACAAUGAUACAACAAAGCAAAUGUUGGAGGAGCUUACUAAGAAUAUAUUUCAAUUGAAUGUCAAUGACAAAGUGAAGCUUCCUGGAUGUUCAAUGCCAGGUAAUCAUACAUAGCUGAUUUGCUCAAAUUGAUGACUUGAUUGAGCUUUGAAUGGAAUUGUAGGGAAUGGAGAGAAACUGGUUUUAUCUAUUAGUUGAAAAUGCCGCAUGCUUCUUUA